AUGGGCACCAGCUCGCUGUCGACGACGGUGCAGUUCUCGACGCCCGUCCCGGCCGCGGUCUCGGCGACGGUGCAGUCCCAGCCUCGCCAUGCGCCGACGCGUGCCUCGUCCUUGCGCCAGUCGACCCUCGCCCGUGGCGCAGCGCCCACAACGCCAGCCCCGGCGAGCUCCACCACCACCCCCCGCCACAGUCAACAUCGGCCGCACUCGUCACACCCAAGCCGACCGAAGCUUCCACCUCGGCCAGUACGCCGCGAACAUCGAGACCGUCGAUCAAGUUCAAACAGGGCAGCAUGACCACCCCCGCAGCCGACACGAGCUCAUCGUCCAAGUCGCCACCGCAAGCUCGCUCGUCGACGACCACAUCAAAGUCCAAGGCCAAAGCCCACGCCCACGCCCACGCCCACGCCCACGCCCACGCCCACGCCCACGCCCACGCCCACGCCCAAUCCCACCUGCUCGAGCUCGAAUCGAGUCCCAACACGAUCGCACUGCCCCCGCCCCCACGACGGGUGGGUCCGCAUGGCGCGCCCUUCCUGCCGCCGUACACCCCGAUCGACACCCUCUGCGCGUUCUGCGGCGGCACCAAGGCCAGGAACCGCGCCCACCGCGCCGAGGAGCUCGUCAGCUGCUACGAGUGCGGAUCGAGCGGACACCCGACCUGUCUCGACUGGGACGACACCCGCAUCGUCAAGCGCGUGAAGCAAUACGCCUGGCUCUGCCAAGAGUGCAAGCGCUGCGAGGUUUGCGACGAAAAGGGCGACGAUGUCAGUGGCACACUCGUGGCUCCGGAUGGUUCCCCACGUCCUGCAGCUUACUGACGCGCUCCGAAUGUUGACCCACAGGCCGACAUGUUGUUUUGCGAUUCGUGCGAUCGAGGUUGGCAUAGGGCAUGUCAAACACCGCCGAUGACGAGCUUCCCCCGCGGCAAGUGGGUCUGUCCAACGUGCAAGUCCCAAGCCGAGUUCGCCGACGAUGCCCCGACCGUCGUCGCCGACGGAGCCCGGCGCAAGAUCCAUGUUGUACCCCCGAAACCGCCUUUACCCUCCUCGCUGAUUCUCAACCCAAUGCCCAGGAGUGAACGGUCCCAACGCGUGCGCAGAAGCAGCAGUGUCGCGAGGGGUGACUCGGUUUGGGAUGACGGCUCGUGGAACCGCUCCGCCAGUGGCGCCGGCGCCGGUGGGGGUGGUUCGCGGCGACACUCGACUACAGGCGCGAGUGCGAGAAAGGACCGCAAGAGCAAAGGAAAGGGGAAAGGCGAUGAUGCGACACCGUCGAGGGAGUUUUACGACCCUUUCGCCGAUAACGAUCUCGUCGGGCCGAGGGUCAUCCUCCCGGGCAACAACAAGUCAGUCCGCACACGGCGGCGCGUCGCCGUCGGCGACUCACCGGCGCGGCUCUGACAUGGAAAGAUGCUGACCACAAAUCGCUUCUACUAUCAUUUCAACCAGGAAACGGAGACGCGAUGAAGCCGAUUGGAUGCAACAGGUCGCUUACCUGCAGCGGAUGGACGAGCUCGAGGCCGAGCAGGACGCCGCCAACGCGGACCCGAUCGAGCACGUCGACCCGUGGGCAGGCUACCUCCGGCCGGACCAGUCCGACACCAAAGGUCGAACACCGAAUGAUGAUGAUCGAAGACGGUUCAAGCGAGCCAGGGAUCAAGUCGAGGUCGGUCCACUCCCACGUUGGGUUGCGAAGCAAUGAGGGUGGCCCAUGCGCUGACUCACGUGACUUACCCUCCGCAGGCGCGUCAACUCCGAAUCCUGCUCGCACCCCGACCCGCACCCGUGCCCACACUCCCUCCUGCCGUCUUGCCGCCAUUGCAGUUCGGCACCCCCUCCCAUCAUUCUCCAAGCCACUUCUCGAAAUUGCCGGCCCUCAACGUCCCCGACAUCGCCUACUCGGGUGUACAACCCGUACGCUCGCACCAUCCACCGGGGCACGACCACCCCGGCACGCCCAUCCCCGGCAUGGCCGCGAUCGCGCAAAGCGACUUUGACGAACUGACGAUCGCGAAUGGGAUUCCGAUCGCAAACAUACGUGCGAUUAGGUUCGGCGAGUUCGAGAUCGAGACGUGGUAUCAGGCGCCGUUCCCGGAGGAGUACUCGAGGGUCGCGGAUGGGAGGCUGUGGAUCUGCGAGUUCUGUCUCAAGUACACCAAGGGAGGGUUUCAGGCUAGUCGGCAUCGAGUAAGUAUUUGGUGUGGUUUUUUCAUAUCGGGAGGAUCGUUUGCUGAUGUAUGCGUACACACAAUGUAGCUCAAAUGCAAGACUCGACAUCCGCCUGGGGACGAGAUUUAUCGCGAUGGCUCGGUGUCUGUGUUCGAAGUCGAUGGAAGAAAGAACAAGGUGUGUGCAUUCCUCGUUAUAUCAGUGAUCCACAAAUACUGAACUUUCGUUGGCCGGGUGUCGCACAGAUGUAUUGCCAAAACCUAUGCCUGCUUGCCAAAAUGUUCCUCGACCAUAAGACGCUUUAUUACGACGUCGAGCCGUUCCUCUUUUACGUCAUGACCACCGCCGAACUCACGGGGGCCAAGUUUGUCGGCUACUUUAGCAAGGAGAAACGUAGUCCGACCAACAACGUUAGUUGUAUCAUGACGUUGCCUGUGCGACAGAGGAGAGGGUGGGGGAACCUCUUGAUCGACUUUAGUGCGUACAUCUCCCGUUGGGGUUGGAUUGGGAGAGUCUUUGAGCUGAUUUUCGUCGCUUCGUUCCUUGUAGGCUAUCUCUUAUCUAAGAAGGAAGGACGCGUGGGAACUCCUGAGCGACCGCUGUCCGAGCUAGGACUACUCUCUUACCGCAACUAUUGGACGCUCACCGUCUGCCAAUACCUCAACGCCAUUCCCGAAUCACAGACGGUCACUAUUCAAGGCGAGUUUUCCAGUUACGAAGAUGAGCAACCUAGACAUAACGACUUAUUUUCGUUUGCCUACACCGGCCACUGUACCCUGAACAGACAUCAGUGAAAAGACGGCGAUGACCGCGGACGACAUUUACUUUGUGCUCAAAGAACAAGGCUGGAUCGUCGAAACGUCGCGACUGCCUUCGCCCGAGCUCGUCCCCGCGCCCACAGGAGCGGAGGGUGAAUCGGCCGAAGGGCAAUUGCAACGACGCAAGAGUCGAGUUGGCGGUGGUGCAGGUGGAUCGCUUUCGACCGGGCCCAAGCCUUCGUCCUCUCGCCAAGGUUACGUCGACGAUCCCCACCUCUUGCCGACUGUCAAAGUACCCGAACACUACCGACUGACCUGGGAUCGACAACACGUUGCUCAACACGUGCAAAAGUGGGAACGCAAGAACCACCUCCGCCUCAAACCGGCCAACUUGCAAUGGUCACCUUUCCUCGUCACGCGAGGCUUCGGACUGGACGCGAAUGUCGGUUCGACGGCCAAAGAUGGCACGGCUCAAAUCCGAUCUAACGGGGAUACGAACGCUUCGCCUGCUCGGACGACGAUCAACGUCGGUGCUUUGGCGAACGGUCUGGGAGCACAUUGGGACGACGACAGCGGAUCCUUGCACGAUCCAAGGGAAGCGAAUGCCGUUGCUGGGCCGUCGAACGCUUCGAGAUCUUUGGCGACGUCGGCUUUGAUCAAUGAUGCACCGAGGGCGAUGGCUGAGGCGGCGAGUGAGGCGGAUGCGCAAAGUCGGCUGGAUGAGGAUGAGGAGGAGGAUGAGCAGGGUGGGGAAGCGUCUUCGGCGGCGGAUUCGACGUUCCGGGCUGAGAGGGAGGAGGAAGAUGACGAAGAGGAGGACGAGGUCCGAGCUAGGAGACACAAUGAUUCCUCUUCGGACGAAUCGGGCCCUUCGCUUCAGGUCGCACCGAGUCCACCGCGUCGACCCAAGCGUGGUCGAGCCAGUGAACCGGUCAAAGUGCCCGACCGUCGAGAACUUCGAUCCCGCGCUUCGGUGGGUGCUGCAGCGAAGCGUCUGACGCGUCAAAGCCUUUCAACUGCCAAAUUGGCCACUCCCUUGAAGCCCAAAAGUGCGGUCAAGACGAACGGCCAUCAAGGCACGACAUCGACUUCGACGACGGCGAGUCGACGCGACCCUUCUUCUUCCCCUCGCACAACUCGGAGUGGAACGAUUCUGAGAGACGUCAGGAUAUCGCCUGAAUUGGGGAAGUCGACGCUCGCGGGUCGGACACGAAGGGAGGUGUCGACGUUGAGUGCGAGAUCGGGUUCGGAAGGGUCGGCCGGGGAUGGGGUGAUUGAAGAGACGCCUGAUAAUGCGAUGGCUGUGGUGCCGAGUCGGAAUGGCAAAACGAGGUCGGGGAAGGUGAGGGGUGUUAACGGGAAGACAGAGGAGACCAAUGGGGAGAAAUCGGAGGAGAGUUCGGAUAGUGAUGAGGGGGAUAAUGAUGUCGUUGCUGGGAUGGUCGGGUUGAAUAAUUAG